GAUGUUUAUUAAUUAAUGAUCAUUUUCAUCUUUACAGCUCUUCUAGAAAACGUGGCAAUUAUCCUCUCAGCCUUACAACAUCAUAUUGCUGAUAAUACUUGGGAACCUGAAGAAAAUUUAGAUUGUCCAGAAUUAAUUGAAGCAUUUCUUAAUUCUCAAAAAGCUGGUAAAGAAAAGGAUGGUACAAAAAGAAAAUCUUUAUCAGACAGUGAAUCUGAUGAUAGCAAAUCAAAGAAGAAAAGAGAUACUGCUGACAAACCAAGAGGUUUUGCCAGGGGUCUAGAUCCUGAACGAAUAAUUGGUGCCACAGACAGCAGUGGAGAAUUGAUGUUUCUCAUGAAAUGGAAAGAUUCGGAUGAAGCUGACUUGGUGCUGGCAAAAGAGGCGAAUAUGAAAUGUCCUCAGAUUGUAAUUGCAUUUUAUGAAGAGAGACUAACU